UUGCAUUUUAUCUUCUCAUAUAGGUCUUUGUGAAAAGAUUCCAGGAAUGAAACGGUUAAACCCACUGGGACUUCAAGAUGAUAAAAUUCCUCCUAAGUCUCCAAGACCGAGGAGAAGCAUAUGGCUUUCGAGAAGCCAAUCGGACAUUUUUUCCAGGAAGCCUGGCCACAAGAUCAACGUCCAUGAUCCCUACUACAACCCUACAAGAGGUGGAAUUGCUGGACGAAAGAUUAAUCCUUUCAAUGCACGUGAGGAUCUCAAGGGUGGUAAGGUUAAAUUUUUUGAUAUGCCAAGCAAGUCUGUCAUCUCACUGGUCUUUGACUUAAACUCUCCUCAGAGUGGAGUGGUUUCUUCCCAGCCUCAGUUUCGACAUGCCAGUGCUAUGACAGGAACCAGUGGAGGAUUUGAUUGUUGGCAGGAUGCUUCCCAGCUUCCUGGACGUCGAUGCCGCUCUCUUCCUGUCUCACCUGAGCUUCCCCUGAAAGACUUCUUUGGUCAAGGAGGUUGGUCCAGCAGUUCUACUAAACGUGAUGCUAUGCAGUUUAAUAAUGACACACGACAGAAGGCACAAAGUAUUACUAGAAAAUAUUCAGUAGUUGAAAUUCCACCUUUUCGUCCUAAAUUAAAGCCAAAUGAGGAUGAGGAUGAAGAUGAUGAUGAGGAGGAGGAGGUGGUGGCACGUAGGUGGUCUCUUAAGCCGCAUCUGUCAGCUUCUUUUCCUUCCCUUGAUUGUGUAAAUGAAGCAAUGGAUUGUACUGAAAGUCAGUGGUUGCUGGAUGAAACAGCAAAUGAUGCUGAAGUAUUCAGUGCUACCACUGAUGAAUCAAGUGCUUUUACACAUUUUGAAAAUCCUGAAAACAAGGUGAACAGUAACCUUGUUUCCAUUUAUGAAGACAUGGAGGCACAGAAUGAAGAAGACAUGUUGAGUGAUGCGUCCACUGUUGUUGUCUCAGAGCCUUUUUAUCCAAUAACAGCCACCGCUCUUGAGACGGAGUCGACAACAGCAGCCAGCACAGUUAAGCCAUCCUUCAGCCUCAGCAUUUCUGUGGAGGCUAAAAAUGACUGUGAUCCUUUUCUGUCUACUGAGGAAGACUAUGGUCCCAUUGUGCUGGCGCCCUGUGUGACUUCAGGACAUCGGGACAUUCAGUCGAAAUGUGACAUCUGAAGAAUGAGUUUAAGGCUUUUGAUUUUCCUACAGCCAUCACAGUUUAAAAAAAAGGAAAAAAAAGUUGCUUCCAACUUGCUUAACACGUAUUUUCUUUAAUUUAACCAUUGGAAUUAUAAAUAUUUAAUAUAUACUGUAAAAAUGUUUUGAAGUAUUGUUUCCUGGCUUAGAGGUCAAGUAAACUUAAUAGAGCAUUCAUAAUUUAUAAAUAAGUCUAGAAUGACAGAGGUUUAUAUAUUUCCAUGAACACAUGCAGGCUAAUGUGUAGUCACAUUGGUCUUCUUUGGUUUAGACUGUACUUAUUUUUGGAAUGCACCGAAACACUUUAUAGUGCCAUUUUUGUGCCACAGCUCUAAUUUAAUAGAUCUUAAUGUUGAUGGGGGGUUGUCUGAGACUGGUGAAGCUGUGCGCAUACUUUAAUGAAUUUGGUUUUAGUCAGGCCUUUUACGAUGAUCCAUCUUCACAUUUGAUAGGUUCCAUGUGCUCUCUGGCCUAGUGUACCAUUUGAUUGCCAUCUUCCAUUUUUUUAUUUUUAAGCUCCCGCUUUAGGAAAAAUAGUGUUGAUUUCAUUUGUACAAUUUUCCGCAUCAUUAAUCAGGUUUUUAUUUUAUUAUUAUUUUUUUAAUAGUUUUGUCUCUGUACGAUGUAAGCUGUUCUUCUGAUUUCUAGCCUGUUGUGUUUCAUUUGGUGCACCUGCAGUAUCGGGUCACUUUAGAGAGGUAAUUACAGUCAGUAUUUCAUCAGGGUGCUACUUUUUUGCCAGUGAAAUCGUUUUGAAUGCCCUGAAGGAUGUGCUUGAGUGAUUUCUAAUGAUAUGAGUGUGGGUGGAAUAACAUGAUCAUGCUGCACUAUUCUGCUUCAAAGUAUUUUAUUUUUUUCCUAUUAAAGUGUCAUACAUAUUGGCACAGCAAACCUGGGAAAUUUUAAAUUUGCCGUGCUUAUUAAAAAAAAAUUAAAAAAUAAAUAAAAAGCUAUUGAAAUCAUUCCUUCUCUUCAGUGAGACGUCACAAAUGUAGGAUUUGCAGGCACAGAAUGCACAAGUGGUCUUUGAUCUGCCAGCAUGCCACUGGCACAUAAUGGAUCGCUGUUUCUGGACUCUGGUCAUUUGCAAUGUUAUUUCAGAAACUUUCACUACUAAUCUUUUGCACAUGACUUUACUUCUCGUCUUUAACUCAAAGAACACAUUUAUACGUUGAUGGUUUUAUACUCAUUUUUGCUUUACAAGUCUAGUGAGGCCUUUCUCUCAAUCCAUGGAAGUCUGAUACAGAAUUUUCCUGCUGUCUGAUUAAAAUUGCACGCUGAUGAUCCUAAAUAUACAUUCAUCUAAAUGAAACGCUAUUCUGUAUUUGAGCAGUAUUUCAAACAUUUCAUAUUACAGUGACGGAAUUCAUUAUUAUAACCACUGAGGCUGUCUGAAGGACUUUACUGCACUCAGUAUUAUUGAAGUUAAUUGCAGAUUUCCCAUCAACAGUGUUAAUUUUAGGCUUCAGUUAUUGCCAAGCUUUUAUUUCUGGCUGACUUGCAUUGCAAAAAGAAACAUUAAUUUAAAAGAAAUACAAGUGCAAUUGCAGAAAAAGGGGCGACACUGCCACAAUGGCCAUUACGCCACCAACGAUGUGAAUUAGUAGCACAAAUGAAAAGAAUCCUAGUGAGCAGCCUCCUGAGCCUCCUUGGCGUGUCUCGAGACCACCUUUUAUGUAGGGAAUUUGAAAAGCCAAACACGGUCUUACUGAUGCCAGUCGGGACAUAAUCUUACAACACCCGCUUUCAUUGAUGUCCAUCUUUUGUUUUACAUGUUCAUCAUCUGUCUGGUGUCCAUAUCGAUGUGCUUUAAUAUCGGAAUUGGACGGAAUCAUUUGAUGUGGAUGUUAACACUAAUGUGUCAAGUGUCCCCAGCGACAGACCGACUAGUCUACUCCUUUACUGAUUUCUCAGAUUAUUUUAGGUUAUUUAACAAUUGGCAUCCUAGUAGCACAAUCAGAACCUGACCAUGUUUCUCCAGUAAUUCCUUCUAAUUGGGUGGGUUGUUGUUCGCUGCGAGUAGACGGCUGUUCUCCAGAGCAGGUGGUGAUACGCACAGCGCUGGGCGCGCAGUUUUGUGCCAAUAUAUAGUAAGUACAUGCUUAGCCUCUCCAAAAACUACUAAUAAAAACAUAACGCCAAUCAGACGGCAGCCGCCACACUUGAAUCUCUCCAUUAUGCCCCUCAUUUAUUGACAAGCAGCUUUACUGUCACUACAUUUCUAUGCAAUAAAAAAA